GGCCCCAACUUCGUCAGUUGGAUUUCAGAACAUCAGACGGGCGGGCGUGUGUAGGAUGGAUCGUUAGCAAUAACAGCAGUUUUUUUUCAUUCCGCCUUCUAGCAGUGUUUGUUUAUUACCUUCCGGCACACUUUCCGUAAAUCCUUCUCGACAGUGGUGCUUUUAAUUUUUAUUUGGACGUUUAUUUUCUAUCUACUGUAAACGUCGUUCCGAUUUCACGUCGAGAAGGCGGCCGCACAAGUUUGAAAGCGGCUUUUCAAGAGUAGUACCACCUACUCGCAAUAUUUCAAUAUCGCUGUAUCAACGCAUCAAGCAAUUAUCAAGAUGGUGAAGAAGGUUUCAGAAGAGAGUGUAGAUAGCGGCGUCGGCCGCUGCAGCAGCCAGUCAGGCAGCGAGCGCGAGUCGGACGAGAGCCCGCGGACCGCCGAGCCGUCCGCGCCGGUACCCAUCCCUGACUCCGAUGACCUGGCGCGCCGCAAGGAGGAGGCGCGCAGGAAGCGCCGCAGGAAGAAGCGCUCGGGCAGCUCGGUCGUCACAUCGUGUUUCCAAGACCUGUACAAACUAACAGGCGAGGUGCUGGGCGAGGGCGCGUACGCUUCGGUGCAGACGUGCGUCAACAUCUACACGGAGCAGGAGUUCGCCGUCAAGAUCAUCGACAAAGUGCCGGGGCACGCCCGCGCCAGGGUGUUCCGCGAGGUGGAGACCUUCCACUACUGCCAGGGACACCCGAACAUAAUCCAGCUCAUUGAAUUCUUUGAGGACACCGACAAGUUCUAUCUUGUCUUCGAAAAGAUCAACGGCGGGCAGCUGCUGUCCCGCAUACAGGAGCACCACUACUUCUCAGAGCCGCAGGCGGCGGAGAUAGUACGGGAGCUUGCCAACGCACUGCACUUCCUUCACGGGAAGGGCGUCGCGCACCGGGACUUAAAGCCCGAGAACAUUCUGUGCGUGCACACUGAUAGACUGUGCCCGGUCAAGAUCUGCGACUUUGAUCUGGGCAGCGGGAUCAGCUUCACCUCCAGUCUUGCCAGCCCACUGGCCACUCCGCAGCUUAUGACACCGGUUGGUAGCGCGGAGUUCAUGGCGCCCGAAGUGGUCUCUCUGUUCGCGGGCUCGGCAGCGGCGCACUACGACAAGCGCUGCGACCUGUGGUCACUGGGGGUCAUCGCUUACAUCUUGCUGUGCGGCUACCCGCCGUUCAGGGCCGAUUGUGGAGCUGACUGUGGUUGGGAGCGCGGCGAGAACUGUCGCGCUUGUCAGGACCUGCUGUUCACCUCGAUACAGGAGGGUCGCUACUCGUUCCCGUCGGAGGAGUGGUCGCACAUCUCGCCCGAGGCGAAGGACCUGAUCCGGCAGCUGCUGGUGCGCGAGGCGGCGCAGCGGCUCAGCGCCGAGCGCGUGCUGCAGCACCCCUGGCUGCGCCGCGCCGACCCGCGCGCCGCCGGGCCCGCGCUGCACACCGCGCUCAACAUCAAGCGCAACAUGUCAGCGCGCAACCUGUCGAACUUCGCGGAGUCAGCGAUGGCCGUCAACCGCGUGAUCCAACAGCAUUUCUCCAUGAACUACUCGUACAUGGAGCGUCCGCCCGCCGUCCGGAACACAAAGUCCUGCUACCCGACCCCGGACGCGGCCAUAGCGGAGCUGGACGAAGCGGAGAAGGCCGUCCGCAAGAUCAACAUUCGGUGCGGAGAGGAGUAUAACCAGCCGCUCGGGCUGUCUCCGCCAACUGAGUCGGAGCUCAUGCGUCGGCGCAUGCAGGCCAAGCCGCUGCCCGUGCACUAGCCCUCCCCCUCCCCGUCUGCUAUCAGAGUAAAU